UUGCAUUUAAGAUAAUAUGAGAUCAUUGACCAAAUCUUUUUUAAGAUAUAAAAAAUGUUACACAUUAGCUUUCUCCUAACUAACAUAAUAAUUUUUGUAUAGCAUUAGACUUAUGUAUAGCAUUAGUUAAGACAAUAAGAUAUCCCCUACCAAGACAAAUUUCCCAAAAGAAAAUUUUGGUAAGUGCUUCACUUGAACUUAGUUGAUGGCGGCAACAGCCUUAAAAUUCACAGGCAAACAGCUUGGAAAGUGGAUGGUGGAAGAAGCCAAGUACUUGUAUGGUGUGAAGGAUAAGAUUGAGGAGCUCCAAAGUGAGCUUGAAUGGAUUCGAUGUUUUCUAAGGAACGCGGAUGCCAUGAAAAGUGAUGAUGAAAUGGUUCGGAAAUGGAUAUCUGAAAUCAAUGAUUUUUCAUAUGAAGCCGAGGACAUUCUUGAGAAGUACCUUCUCAAAGUUUCCCUUCCAAGAAAAAGUAAUACGAUCUUGAAUGUGCUUAAAUGGGGUACUUGUGUGGUUGGAGAUGCUAUCUCAACUCAUCAAGUUGGUGUUGAGAUUGAUGCUCUUAUUGGUAAGAUCUCGAAGUUGGCCUCACGAAUGGUUACCUACGGAGUUAAGCCAUCAAGUUAUGGAGAAACCUCAUCGAUACAAUUGAAAAACGCGGAGCUGAGGCGCACUCACUCCUUCCUUCAGUUGGAUGGCACAAUUGGAUUGGAGUAUGACACAAAAGUGUUGGUAGAUCAGUUGAUGAACAAAGAAACAAAAGUGAUUUCCAUAAGUGGUAUGGGAGGAUCCGGUAAAACUACUCUGGCUAGGAAAGUGUAUCAAACAGUGAAAGGGCAUGAAUUCGAGAAGUGUGCUUGGAUAUUUGUCUCUCAGAAGUUCCAGUCAAGUGAUAUUAUACAAGGUAUAUUGCAGGAACUUUAUUGUAAUGAUCAAAAGAAGAUUAAUGAGAUCAGAAAUGCUGGAGGUAUGAUGGAAAAAAAACUCUUUGAAGUCUUGAUACAAAAUAAGUGCCUGGUUGUUCUUGAUGAUUUAUGGAAUCCUAUUGAUUGGAAUCGUUUGAAAAUUGCAUUCCCAAUCGCUGUCAAAGAAUCUCGCAGCAAACUGUUGAUCACUACGCGCAAGAGUAGUUUGAUCUCACAUAUUGAUCCUCAAGGAUUUUCUCACCAGUUCAAGGGUCUAGACAAAAAGGAAAGUCAACAGCUAUUUUUCAAGCAGGCAUUCCUUGGCAAAGAAAUUAGAGAUCCUGAACAAAAUCCACUGGUAAACUUGGGAAAGAAAAUGGCUGAUCAAUGCAAAGGUUUGCCUUUGGCAAUAGUUGUGCUUGCAGGACUUCUAGCAACUAAAAACACACUAGAAGAAUGGGAAGUUGUUUAUAAAAACGUCGAGACUAUUCUAAGAAGCAAAAAUGACGAAGACAGUGGAAUAUUAAACACCCUGGAGCUGAGCUACACAGAUUUACCCUAUCACUUAAAACCUUGCUUCCUUCAUCUAGGAAAUUUUCCAAGGUAUGUCGAAAUACCGACCAAAAAGUUGUACCGUUUGUGGAUUUCUGAAGGUCUUGUCGUGUCAACAGAUGAUUAUCGUGUGGAUUUGGAGUGCACUGCAAGUAGUUACUUGCUAGAGCUGGUGCAACGAUGUGUUGUCCAAGUUGCAAAAACAGGACCAACCGGAAAGAUAAAAGCAUGUUGCCUACACGACCUGAUGUGGGACAUGUGUACUAUUAAGGCCAAGGAGGAAAACUUUUUAACUGUUAUUCGUCAAGAGAACACAAAUACGGGUCACAGUACUUCUUCAGCAAUUAGCGUCAGACCUCUGCAUCGCUUAGCCAUUCAUUCUGAUCAGAGUCUGCAGAGGAGUUAUUGUGCUCAGUUUAACGAAGUUUUUCCUGUUAGAUCCCUGAUGCUCUUUAGUAGUGAUUUGAUGAACAAUGAUCAGAGUCUGCACAGUGAAAUUACUGAUCAAGUAUGGUUGAAAGCAAUUAUAAAUAACUUUAACCUGCUUCGUGUUUUGGAUCUAGAAAAUACCGGCAUUCAAGUCGUUCCUAGAGAGCUGGGCGACCUUAUUCACCUGAGAUAUUUGAGUUUUAUGGGAACUCGAGUAAGAAAGUUGUCAUCAUCCAUACGAAACCUAAGGUGCCUUCAAACUCUUGAUUUACGCGUAAGUCUUGAUGACAAAUGUGUUUUUAGAAUACCAAAUGUAUUAUGGAGGAUGAAAAAACUAAACCAUUUGUAUCUCCCGUCUCAUGCUUACGAAGUGAAACGGUUUCAGAAACUGAGUAUCAAAAGUUUGAGCAACUUGGAGAUACUCAAGAACUUCGACACAACAAGAUCUCGAGUCAAUGACUUGUACAAAUUGAAAAACUUAAAGAAACUUUCGAUAAAAGAUGUGGCAUCCAAGACUAAGACUGUUCGAUCCAUAAUGGAAUGCCAAAGCAUAAAAAGUAAAAAUCUUGUGCAUCUUAGCCUUAAGGUUCUUGGGGCUACACUAGAUGAAGAACCGAAACUUUUGUCAAGCUGCAUUUGCCUUCAUACUCUAGAAAUAGCAGGAAACAAGUCGGCAGAGACAGAGCUACGGCUAGAUAGCAUCAUAUUUCCAGAAAGUUUAACAACUUUAGUCAUAAAGAACUGUAAAUUAGUGUGCGCUGAUGCAAUGCAAAACUUACAGCAGCUACGUAAACUGGCAAGUCUUUGUCUAGAUGAAGUUUCAUUCCCUGAGAACAUUCUGGAUUGUUCACGUGGAGGUUUCUCGGAGCUUGUUGCUCUGAAGCUCAGUCAGAUGGACUUAAAGGAGUGGAAAUUAGGAAGUGCAGCCAUGUCUAAGCUUAGGCGGUUGGAUAUAAACGAGUGCACAAAGCUUCAGAUGCUUCCUGAUGAACUGCCUACAUCAGUUGAAGUCAUUUGCAAGCCUUGUGUUAAAGGAAUUGAUAAGUACUUCACCUGCCCUCACCAUUCGAUUGAGCUUACGGAUGAAAAAGAUGACGACUUGGCUACUCAAUACUGGAGUAAGUACCCUUCUCUAACCUCUGCUUCCUAAGAUGUUUAUUCAUUCACCAUAGAUUUUUUGAUUACAUGGCUUUGGAGUUCAUAGGGAAAGGGAAACAAUCUUCAAAUAUGUACAACUUCCUUAGACACUACACAACUUAGCAAAUAAGUUAGUUUUGUGUUUUUUCCUUCUCCAAAUGUUGUAAAUGUUACCAUUGUUAAUAAAAUUCUGAUUCUGAUCUAUAAUAAUAAUUGUUGAGU